GCUGUCACCCUCUAAAUCAACCCUUAUGUAGUUUCUCACUCUCUUGUUAAACUGUUCUUCAGCUUUGUUUCUGCAGCAUUGGCAGCUUUGUUAAAGAGAAGGUUCAAAAUUUAGGCUUGGGCUCACCUUAUACUCAACGUCUCAACUCCAACCCAACCCAAAAGUCCUGCUUUUUCAGAGUCCAAGCCCAAAAUCCUUUUUCUUCCCAACUUCUCUGCACCAAAACAUCGGAGCAGAACAGAACCACUUCAAACACCAAAUGCUUCUUCUUCGCAAAGCUUAUUCAACAACUUCCAGUACUUCCCUAACUUGGAGAACCCAAAUCAAACAAGCUCACUUAGCCUCCCAAAUCUCCUCGAUUCUCUUACAGAGACGCAACUGGGUUCCACUCCUCCAAAACCUCAACGUCCCCAAACUAAACCCUCCUCUGUUUCUCCAGAUCAUCCACAAAAUCCAGAGCAACCCACAACUCUCUUUGGAUUUCUUCAACUGGGCCAAGUCCAAUUUACGUUUCGAACCAGACCUCAAAUCCCACUGCCAAAUCAUCCAACUCUCACUCGGGUCUGGCCUCACCCGACCCGCCAAACCCAUCUUGGACACACUAAUCCAGACCCAUCAUGUUUCCAAGCUUGUACAGUCCAUGUCUCAGGCUUGUAAAGGUACAGAUUCUCUAUCCAAUAUGUUAAGUUUUGUGCUUGGUUGCUAUGCAAGAAAGGGUUUGGUUAGAGAAGGCAUAGAAGUUUAUAGAGAAAUGAGUGUUCUUGGUUGUGUGCCUUCAGUUUUAGCCUGCAAUGCAUUGCUUAAUGCUAUGAGGCAAGGAAAUGAGACUAGAUUGGGUUGGUGUUUUUAUGGGGUUAUGCUCAGAAAUGGGGUUUCACCAGACCAGUUUACAUGGUCUCUGGUUGCUCAGUUUCUUUGUAAAGAUGGGAAAUUUGAAAGGAUUCUUAGACUUUUGGAUUUGGGUGUUUGUGAUUCUAUGUUUUAUAGUCUUCUUGUCGAAGGUUAUAGCAAAAGUGGGAAUUUUGAUGCUGCAUUUUGCUACUUGGAGAAAAUGAGUGAUGGGAAAUUGGAACCUGGUUUUAGUACUUAUAGUUCUGUUCUUGAUGGGGCAUGUAAACUUGGGUAUGUGGAAGUGGUUGAAAGGGUAAUGAGGAUUAUGGUAGAGAAGAAAUUGCUUUCGGAGAGUCCUGUUUCGGAGUAUGAUUCAAUUGUUAAGAAGCUUUGUGCUUUGGACAAAACUUAUGCGGCAGAGAUGUUCUUUAAGAAAGCGUGUGAUGAGAAAAUUGAAUUGCAAGGUGCUACUUAUGGAUGUAUGCUGCAGGCAUUGACUAAAGAAAUGAGAAUAGUGGAAGCUAUUCGGGUUUAUCGGGUGGUUUGUGAGAGGGGUAUAGUAGUGGAUGAUAGCAGUUAUUAUGCAUUUGCUAAUGUCCUUUGCAAGGAAGAGCGAUCUGAGGAGGGUUUCGAGUUGUUAAUGGAUGUUAUAAGAAGAGGGUUUAGUCCUUGUGCAUCAGAAUUGUCUGGAUUUAUAUCAUUUCUAUGUGGCAGGCGUAGAUGGAGAGAAGCAGAAGAUGUGUUGAAUUCAGUUCUAGACAAAGGGCUACUACCGGAUUUGACUUCUUGUUCUUCGUUAGUAGGGCAUUACUGCUCUAGAAGACGGAUUGAUUCAGCGAUGGCAUUGCACAGUAAGAUGGAAAAACUGAACGGCAGUUUGGAUGUGACAACUUACAAUGUACUUCUUGGUGGGCUUUUUGCAGCAAGGAGAGUUGAAGAAGCAGUGAGAGUGUUUGAUUACAUGAGAAUUCACAACUUGAUGAGCAGCGAAAGCUUUACGAUCAUGAUUCGUGGGCUUUGUCAAGUAAAGGAACUGAGAAAGGCCAUGAAAAUUCAUGAUGAAAUGUUGAAGAUGGGACUUAAGCCUCCUGCAGCAACUUAUAAACGUUUGAUAUAUGCAUUCAAGUAAAC